ACUCACUUAUAAAUUGUGUGGAACCCCAGCGACAUCACAUUACAAAUUCGGCGGCUGCACAAUACAGCCGUCCGAUCAGCGUGUUAUAGAUCUUUGUGUAGUGCCUAUUAUAAGUGCAGUGAUUUAGUUUUAACAACGUUAUCAACGUCCUAAACAAGCUUCCAAAAUGAAAUUCACGGUGGUGUUCGUUACUCUUUUGAGCAUAUCAUGGGCUCUCAAAAUAAGACAGCAUAUGGUAGACCCUAAAGACAAACGGGAAGCGGGUAUAGCUUACCCGGCAGCUGGGACAUCACAUAGCUAUCAGGCGCCUUCUUUCGGGCACGAACAGGGCACGAAUGCAAUCAGUAUUGGUGCUGGAUACAGUGUCGGCGGAGGAAAACCUACCUACGCCUAUGCGCCGAACUCCGGCGCCGGACAUCAACUACACGCUGCGGAGGGUCUACAGCCUAGUGGACACAGUACUAUCCAACUUGCACCACUAACACUGCAACCAUCCCAUGGGUUCGUCUCUAAUGAUCUACAGCAACUUAUGAGUCAGCUAUCUGAAAGCCUCAAUUCUGGAGCACUUAGCCUUUCUCCCUUCCAAGGCGAUGCAACUCAUGGCGGUCAGGAUAUAUCUCUUCCUCAAUUUACUUAUGGAUCACCUAAACUGCAGCAAUAUAGUGCUCCCGAACAGUCACUCCAAGUUCAGUCAAGCGUACCUGCUUAUGCUGUCGGUACUAAAGGACUAGGUUCAUACAGCUCUACCGGGCCUGUGUUGUUUAACCCAGCAGACUCUAACUUCGCCGGAAGCCACAGCCAUGUUCUUGGCGGAGGUAGCUCAGGUCCUUCUUUCGCCGAUGCUUCUGCUCUAGCUCUUGCCAAUUCCGGACAUUCUUUGGGUGGGUUGUCACUUGGAGGAACUGGACAUGCUUACGGUGGCCUCUCUGGUAAUCAUGGUCACUCCCUUGGCGGUUCAGGGCAUUUAAUCAGUGGAGCUUUGGGUGGCUCUGGGCAUUCUUUUGGUGGGUCUUUGAAAGGUUUUAACGGCGGUUACGUUCAGCCGGCGAAAGCUUCAUUUAAGCCCUCUACAUAUCUUGGUUCCCAGAGCGACCACGAUCUUUCAAGUUUAUCCGGAGCUUAUGCUGCACCAUCAUUUGGUUCUCACUCUUUGUCUGGUAGCCAUGGUCAUAGUCUUUCAUUGGGGGGUCACGGAGCUAGUUUCGGAGGAUCUCCAGGUAGUUUUGGCAGUGGUUCAAGUAAAUUUAUAUCAGCUUCGUACCUGCCCUCUAAAUCCGAAGGUUUUGGAUCAUCUUUACAAAAUGCGGCUUCCUUUUCCGGAAGCCACUCGCCACCAGGUACCACAUACGGUUUCCCAUCUUCGCAUUCUGCAGGACCUUCGGUAGCCGCUCACGCUGCUUCUUCUCAUAGUCCUCAAUAUUACGUGAAAUACUCUUCUCCUAACAAAUUUGGUGAAGGAAGUUCUUCAUACAAAGCUCCAAAGUCAAGCCAUAGCUCUCUAAGUUCACAUACGUCGAGGCCCAAAUACAAUUUUAGCCACCGCAGCUCCCAUUACGGUUCUCCAUCUCAUGGAUCUGACGUUCACGGAGCCCACAGUGAGACUGUGUAUAAUACCAUAAAAUACAGCGAGGAAAUUAAACCGAGAGUUCAUUAAAGCAUCAUUAUUAAAGUACAAAUAAUUAGGAUGACCGUAUGUGUAAAUAUUAGAAAUUGUAAUUGUGAAGAAUAGUUUUCGAAAACAUAGUUUGUUACUUCCUGAAUCUUUUGCUGACGUGUAUGAAAAGAGGAAGAAAGGCGUAAAAAAC